AUGACCUCCUCGAGCUCCAACCCUAGCCUCGUUCUAUUCGUCCUCGGCGCCCUUCUCUUAGUCUGUCUCCAUUCUACGCUCAGUGCUCGUGAAAAAAGGAAAAAAUACCCUCCAGGCCCUCCUCCAAAGUUCCUCAUCGGAAACCUGCUUGACCUCCCGGGCAAGCGGCUCGGACAGACGUAUCUUGAGCAUGGUCGACGACUCGGGAGUGACAUCGUUCACGUCAGUGCUCUCGGGAACCACGUAAUCGUAGCGAACACCCGCGAGGUAGCAGAAGAAUUGCUCGAGAAGCGUGCCCGGAACUCCUCUGGUCGACCAUGGUUUGCCAUGACGAAAAUGCUGGACUGGGAAUACAACAUCGCGGCCAUGGACUACGGCGAUGAAUGGCGCAAGCAUCGAAAAGUGUGCCAGCAGCACUUCAACCGCGUUGCCGCAAAGUCGUUCCAGCCAAUUCAGCUCCAGAAGACACGGCGGAUGCUCGUGGGGCUGCUUCGAUUCCCGGAGAAGUUUAUGCUGCAUAAUAGGAUGCACUCGCUCUCAAUCUCGAUGGACUUCCUCUUCGGGUACCAAAUUGACACUCUCGACGACCCCGCCAUCCUCGCUGCCAAUAAGAGCCUGGACAUCGGCAACCCGCUGUUCACGGUCAACGGGAGCCUGAUCACUGUCUUUCCCUUCUUGGCUCGCGUGCCGGCAUGGGUGCCCGGCGCGAUCUCGCAGAAGAGGGCUGCGGAGGGCAGGUAUUGGACGCAUGAGAUGAAGAGGAUCCCGUUGGAAGAUGUGAGGAGGCGGAUGGACGAAGGUAGAGCUACGCCGUCGUUGGUUUCACAGUUGCUCGAGAAGAAGAACACGGUUGGAAUUGCGGAUGAAGACGAACAGAUCAUGAACAACGUAGCAUUCACAGUCUACGGCGCGGCAUCUGACACGACGAUCUCCGUAACGAACACCUUCUUCUAUGCCAUGUCCCUCCACCCCGAGGUCCAAGCGAAAGCGCAAGCUGAAAUAGACCGCAUCGUCGGAACGCACCGUCUUCCAGAGUUUUCGGAUCGGUCCUCGAUGCCGUACAUUGAGGCGAUAUACCGCGAAGUCAUGAGAUAUGGACCCCCGGUUCCACUAGGCGUUAUGCACACUCUCGCAGAGGACGAUUAUUAUAGGGAGCUCUCUCAGGUCUUCGCGAAUAUCUGGGCGAUGACUCACGAUGAGAACGUUUACAAGGAUCCGGACACCUUCAAUCCAGACAGAUUCCUCACGGAAGACGGAGAGCUAAACGACGACGACAGAGUAUUGGCAUAUGGAUUUGGCCGAAGGAUCUGCGUGGGGAAGCACGUCGCGAGCUCUACCACGUGGAUCACGAUCGUCUCCCUCCUUGCCUGUAUCAACAUCGGCAAGGCCAAGGACGAGUUCGGGAACGAGAUAGAGGUUAACAGGGAAUAUGAUGAUGACGGGCUACUCGUUCACAAGCAACCGUUCAAAUGUUCCAUCGUUCCCCGCUCGGAGGUGGCUCGAAAGUUGAUUGAAGAGGCUGCUUUGAAUUAA